AUGGCUGGAAUCGCUGCGGGACGCUUGGCUGAGGAGAGGAAGGCGUGGCGGAAGGACCAUCCAUUCGGAUUUAUUGCUAAGCCAGUGAAAAAUCCUGAUGGCACCUUGAAUCUUUUCAAUUGGGAAUGUGCUAUACCCGGCAAAAAGGACACUAUUUGGGAAGGAGGUUUAUACAAAAUUCGGAUGUUGUUCAAAGACGAUUUCCCUUCAACGCCACCCAAAUGCAAGUUCGAGCCUCCAUUAUUCCAUCCAAAUGUUUAUCCUUCAGGCACUGUCUGUUUAUCACUUCUGGACGAGAAUAAGGACUGGAAACCGUCAAUCACGAUAAAACAGCUUCUUAUUGGGAUACAAGAUCUCCUAAAUAAUCCAAAUCCCGAUGACCCAGCCCAAGCUGAAGCCUACCAGAUCUUCUGUCAAAACAGGGCGGAAUAUGAGAAGCGAGUGCGUCGGGAAGCAACCAAGUUCAACGCUGAUGUGGUCCAAAAACAGAUGCUUGGAUAG